AUGACUGUUGUGUCCAUCGGGCUGAACGCCGGUGUCAUCAUCUACCACAUUAUCCGUCCUAAACAAAUUACACCCUUCACUACCUACUUAGUAGCGCUGUAUAUUGCUAAUCUGGUAUUUUUGUUCACCACUUGGCCCCUCUCGCUUCUGCGCGAAUGGAAUGGAAAGUGGAUAAUGAGAAGUCCGGUGUGCAUUUUCAAUCUGUAUGCCACUAAAGUGUUCUGCGUGGUGCCCGUUCCGCUGCACGUUCUGAUUGCGGUUAACCGCUGGUGGGCCAUCCAACAUCCGAUAUCAUAUCGCAGCCGACACAACAAGGUCGUGGCGGCGUGCCUAUGUUUUGUCGCUUUCUUUUGGGCGCACACCUUUGCAAUGGCGGGGUUUAUUGUGGAAGUGCUGUAUUAUUACCGACCGGAAGUGAAUCCUGAGUGCAGACUGUUUUACGGUAUGUAA